GCCGGCUGGACCAGGCUGGACUUGACUUCCGAUCCCACUGGCGCUGCGAAGCGCUGCGAAGCGAAGCCUCGAACGAUGCGGAGCGAGUGAGCGCGCCGACAGGAAGACGAGGGCGACGAGGGCGCUACACUUGGCCAGUCUCCGCGCGACCUUGCGACCCUUCGCCCGGUUUGGCCCGGCCCGGCCGUCAGUCUCCAGACCGUCUCCGGACCAUCUCCAGCACCCCGGCACCGCCAAGCACCGCCAGCAGAACAAGCAGGCACCACCACCGUGGACCGGCCGCAGCUCCAACACGCCCUUCUCUACGCUGGUCAACGCACAGCACAGGUGCCAUGCCACUGCAAGCAGCCCGCGGCCUGCAGGGCCUUCAUCAGUGCCCCUCGGGCGAGGCUAGCGGCGAGGAGGCCAGCGAGGUCGUCCGCUUCUACGCCGGCCGCCGCGUGCUGGUGACGGGCGCGUCCGGCUUCAUGGGGAAGGUGUUGGUGGAGAAGCUGCUGCGGUCGUGCCCCGACCUCGGCGGCGUCGUCGUCCUGCUGCGGCCCAAGAAGGACCGCGACGUGGACGCCCGGCUCCGGGACAUGCUGGCCAUGCCGCUGUUCGACGCGGUGCGGCGCCGCGACCCCGGCGUGCUGGCGAAGGUGAAGGCCGUGCGCGGCGACGUGAGCCUGCCGCGGCUGGGACUGUCGCCGGCGGACCGCGCGCACCUCGCCAACACCGUGUCCGUCGUGUUCCACGCCGCGGCCACGGUGCGCUUCAACGAGCACCUCCGGAAGGCCGCCGACGUGAACGUGGCCGGCACCCAGGCCGUGCUGGACCUGUGCCGCGACAUGGCCGGGCUCGUGGCCCUGCUGCACGUGUCCACGGCGUUCUGUGCCUGCACCCGAAGGAUGGUUCAGGAGCUGGUGUACCCGUCACCGAUGUCCGCUGCCACGCUGCGGGCCGAGCUGGCCGCCAGGGAUGACGCCGCAGUGGAGAGUGACACGGCAAGGUUGAUCGGCGCCUACCCCAACACGUACACCUUCACCAAGGCCGUCGCCGAGGCCGUGAUCCUGGAGGAGGGCAAAGAGCUGCCCGUCGUCAUCGUGCGGCCCUCGAUCGUGUCGCCGUCGUGGCGCGAGCCGGUGCCCGGCUGGGUGGACAACUGGAACGGCCCGGUGGGGCCCUGGGUGUCCAUCGGCAAGGGCACCCUGAGCUGCGUGUUCGGGCGCGCCGACGUGGUGGCGGACUUCGUGCCCGUGGACGUGUGCAUCGACUUGAUGGUGGCCGCCGCCUGGGACGUCCACGCGCACGCCGACCUCGCCGACGCACGCAGAGCGGGCGUGGCGGUGUACAACUGCGUGUCGGGGGCCAGCAACCCCGUGACGUGGGGCGACUCGACGGACUUGUGGGUGCAGGGCGUGCGGCGGCGGCCCUACGCCAGCACACUGGGCACGCCCACGGCCUCCUUCACGACCAGCCGCGCGGCGCACCACCUCCGCACCCUCGCCGGGCAGCUGGUCCGGGCGUACGCCGUGGACGCCGUGGCCAUGGCGGCCGCCAGGAAGUCGCCAAGGCUGGCCGACCUGGUCUGGAAGCAGUGCGCCAGGAUGCGCUCGUUGGAGUUCUUCACGACGCGCGAGUUCGCCUUCCAGACGGACAACGUGCGCGCGCUGUGGUCCAGGAUGUCCGACGCCGACCGCCUGGCGUUCCCCUUCGCCGAGGUGGCCGUCAUGGACUGGGGCCAGUACCUGGCCGUGGUCCUCGAGGGCACCAAGACCUUCCUGCUCCACGAAGACGCCGCCGCCGCAAGCCGCGAUGCCAACGCCGCUGGCAAGACUCGCUCGCGAAUUCUCAGGGCCUACAGCACGCAGCGCCUGCUACCCCUCCUGGCCGUCCCCCUGCUCGCCGUCAACGCCAGCCCGCUCUUGUCCAAGUUAUGACGACUUCGGAUGGAUCUUAGUCAAUUUUACUCAAUUUUUUAGCUCAAUUCUCAUACCUCAUUUGGAAUUUGAACUACUCUGUCAGUUCUUUGAUCCACGGACGUCUCACAAGACGUGAAUGAAUGUGUCUCUUUUACGCCUAGUAAGCUCAAUAUGGUACUCUAUUUUAUUUUUAUUCAACUACCCUGUAAGUUUUUUUUGAUCCACGGACGUCUCGUAAGACGUAUAUGUAUGUAUACCAAACUAUGAAUGGCGCUUGCUGGGUGCGAUUAAAGUAUUUUCUCUGACAAAGUGA